AUGAAAGGAUCAGAAGAUAACUUGGCGGGCGGAACUGAGGGAUGCGAGGAGUCCCGAGCACCUGAACCCUCCCUGCCGCCGCCGCCAGCGGCGCUGGCUGCCGUUUCGGCGCCGGCGCCCGCGCCCGCACCCGCACUUCGCUCCCUCUCACCUCCUCUCGCCGCAUCUCCCUCCUCUCCGCGCCCAUGUGCAGAGGCUCGCUUGCAGGACGCUCGGGAGCCGCCGCCGCCCUCGACGUCCACGGAUGGGCUGCCACCGCCGCUGGGCGACGCCGGCCCGCCGCCGCUCGUGGAGCCAGGAUCCGGCGCCCCAUGGCCGCCAGCCCCUCCUCGCGUCGUUGAAGCAGGGCGCUCGCUGAGGGCAGCCGCGGGAGCCGCGCCCACCGUGGCGCCUCCGCCACCCCCCCCCCCCGCCGCCGCCCACCGACCAACUCCCAUCUCCCUCUGGCGCGGACCGCUCGCCGGGCGUCGUCGCCGGCCAUGGCAGGCCCCCUACGUCUGCGCAGCUACUAGCCAUGAGGGCUUCGCUGGCCCUAACUCCGUCGGUGCUGCCGGAUCUGGCGCCCAGGGCCGCGGUCGCGGCAUCCGCCGGAGGCAGCCAGGAGCUUACGGCCGUGAGCCCCCUCCGUCCGUCCGCCCCCUCUUCGAGCCAGGCAUCCGCCUUGUCCCCGAAUGCUGCGCCUUUCCAUCCGGGGGCGGGUCGGUCUAA